CAAUGCGCGUCAUAUUUCUUCAAUUUACACCUUAAUCGGGUCAACACUCAACCGGCAUUUAGAAAAUUAUUAUUGUUUACUUAAUUCCUGGUUCCUUAAUAUACGGCGGGACUGAUAUUUGCCCUUUUCUUGAAAUACCAAAGAUAUUAAUUUUUUUUUAUAUCUUUUGCUUUGUGCAGAAAACUUUACUAAAAUGUCUGAAAGCUCUCCAGACGAAUUAAAUUCUAAGCGCAAAGACUUCAUUUGCGGUGUUGUUGAAGGAUUUUAUGGUCGACCGUGGACCACGGAGCAGAGAAAGGACCUCUUCCAAAAACUCAAGAAAUGGGGUCUAGAUAUGUAUGUGUAUGCUCCGAAAGAUGACUAUAAGCAUCGUGCAUAUUGGCGAGAACUUUACACUGUGGAGGAGGCUGAACACUUAACAUCUUUGAUCUCUGAAGCCAAGUCCCAUGGAAUAACAUUCUGCUAUGCUCUGUCACCGGGACUGGAUAUAACAUAUAGCAGUCAGAAAGAGAUAACAACUUUGAAGAGGAAAUUAGAACAAGUGUCACAGUUUGGUUGCACGUGUUUUUCCCUUCUCUUUGACGACAUUGAACCGGAAAUGAGUGAAGCUGAUAAACAGAUAUUUCAAAGCUUUGCACAUGCUCAGGUGUCAGUCACCAAUGAAAUUUAUCAGCAUCUCGGCUGUCCAAGAUUCCUUCUGUGUCCCACACAGUACUGUUCAACUCGAGCUGUUCCCACAGUCAACAGCUCGGAGUAUCUCAACACUCUGGGCACUAAACUUUCCCAGGAGAUUGAUAUUAUGUGGACUGGCCCCAAAGUAAUAUCGAAAACUCUGACAACAGAAUGUAUUGAAGAAAUAACACAGGUGCUCAGGCGACCCCCCGUCAUUUGGGACAACCUGCAUGCUAAUGAUUAUGAUCAGAAAAGAAUUUUCUUAGGACCUUAUUGUGGUCGUUCACCAGAACUGAUUCCAUUGCUUCGUGGGGUUCUAUCCAAUCCUAAUUGUGAAUACAAUGCCAAUAUGAUACCAAUUUGGACUCUGGCCCAUUGGGCUCGAUGUAGCCUAGACGCACCUGCACAUAUGGAAGCGGUAUCUUGGGAUAUUAAAUUAGAGCGGGAAAGUGAACAAGGCGUGUGUGAAGAUGAGGUGCCUCUGACCCUCGGCAAACAUGUUUAUCAUCAUAGACAGGCACUCCGACAAGCAAUCAAUGAAUGGUUGCCAGAAUUUUCCAUACCUAAAGCGGCACAAGGUCCCAUUAUCAAACCACAACCACCUGUAAUAAUGCCGCCAGUACCGAUAAUUCCGAUUUUACCAUCCGUGAACACGUGCAUGUCACUGGUGACGGGUACCACCAGUAGCACCACCACCACCAGCAUCUCCGACCUGUCGUCCAUCCCCACCGUCAACACAAGCCAGCUGCAGGCGCUGGCCGACGUGUGCUCCGCCACGCCCGACCGCCCCAUCCUCUCCACCGGAGUGUCGCCUAUAGAAACGUUCAAUCCCAUACCGAAUUCGGUGAUGAAUUCGUUAGUGUCACCGACUAAAGUAAUUUUAAACGAGUCGAUACCGAACCCAAUAAUACCGAUCGCGAGCUCCAACAUUUCGCUACCAACCGAGAUACCAGUGUCGACCCUACCGGUCCCCAUUAUGGGCUUAAAAACAAUCGAACACGAGAAAAUCGAGACCGAUCAAACCAUGGCGGAUAAACUUGAUUUAAACGAAUCGGUGUCGAACGAUAGCGUGCUGGAGACUACGAGUUUCAUCGAGGAGAUGAAGAAAGAUAAGGACGACGACGACACGAUUAUCGUCGACGACGUGGAGCCGACGAUAGAGCAGCAGCAGAAUGGCGAUAUGAGCAUUGGAGACACCCCCCAAACGCUGAGCCCGUCGCGCACGUGCGCCGAGCCGCUGGACGUGGACCCGCCCUCCGCCGCCGACCCCGACGUCGUCAUGAACGACCAGCUCAGUGAGAAUGGCUCCAUGCAAGUGGAACCUAGUAACAGUCCACUGAGUGCUGAUAUGAUGGUUGAACCUGCUGAACCAGCUGAAGUUGCAGAUGAAUUAUGCGAGGAUGCGGCAUUAGAAGAAAACGCGUUAACAGCGGACGACUUAAUGCUUCUGUGUGAUCUGUUCUACUUGCCUUUCGAGCACGGCUCCAGGGGCUUGAGGCUGAUGCACGACUUCCACUGGCUCACGGCGCACGCUGCCAGCAUACUGCCAAAGAACAAGACUGAGGCGGGCGGCGCGGCGACGGGCGAGUGGCGGCGGCGGCUGCGGCGCUUCUCGUGGUGGGCGGCGCGCGUGCGGCGCGUGGCGCGGCGCGUGGGCGCGGCCGCCAACCGCGAGCUGCACGCCGAGCUGCGCCCCUACCUGUGGGACCUGUGCGCCGUGCUGGCGCUGCUGCAGGCCUUCCUGCGCUGGCUCGAACUGGGAAAAUUCCCUCCUAACAUAGCGACAAACUCUCAGGGCAGCUAUACGUGGUUCUCAAAAGGCUGGCGUGAAGCCUUCGAGAGUGGGGCCCAGGAACCUUGGGUUUUCCGCGGGGGCCUCACUGCGGAUCUUAGACGACUGCUACCAGUGGAAUGUGCCGGAGAUGCUCUGAGACCUCAUUGCGCACCUACGGGUCUACCGCUCACUGUGAGACCUUUUAUGCUCGCUGAUGAAGAGGCGGUAUGCACAAUAUGUCAUAAAACUUGUCGUGAUGGAUCUGACUGUAGUGAUUUAUUCCCAAGUGAUCUUCAAACUCUACCAGCUGAUAGACUGGUAGCACCAUUUUUAACAUUGACACCGGAGCUAUGCAUGGUUAUAGAAGAUGAUGGCUAUAUGGAAGGGGACAGUUCCGAAGUGGACGGGGAUGACCCUGAUGCGGAAAAGCUGGAUAUGAAGAUAAAUAAUGUCAAACCAGAAAUCGUCGGCUAUGCAUGUGCGGCACUAAACAGCAAAGAGUUCUACAAGAAACAGGAAGUAGCGUGGAUACCUGAAAUGUGCAUCAAGUAUCCCAUGGAACUGCUGGAAAGGGACGACCUGAGUCCCGCUGCUAAGGAGUGCGUGCGGCACUUCCACGAGUUCAGCGCGCAGGAGCGCGCGCCGGAGAGCGUGUCGGCGGCGCACCCCGCGCUGCUCACGUGCUGCGUGCUGCGCGCGCGCUCCGACCCGCACGCCGCCGCGCGCCUGCUCACGUGCCUGCUGGCCGCGCUGCGCGCGCACGGCGUAAACGGCGUCCACGCGUGUAUAAACGCAACCGAUCACUACCUGCAGCAGUUCUACGGCAAGCUCGGUUUCGUGGAAAUGUCGCGGAGCAACGGUCGCGUGUUCCUGGCGCGCGCCUUCUAGCGCCGCCGCCGGAGCCGGCUGCCGCGCUAGCGGGGCCUCCCCUACCCGCGAGGACACUGGCACUCUCUUAAGUAGAUGUAAGAGCACGAGACGUCCUCUGCAGCAUUGAACUUGAAUGAAAAAGUAUUUGUUAAAUACGUUUAGUUGCACAAUUUCAAUUACAAUACACAAUACACUGCCUUUAAUAAUCUUUGGAAUGCAUGACUUUUGUAAAAAAAAAUAGUUGAUUUCUAAGUAUAAUCUUCAUAUGAAUGUUAUUGAACAGAGAGAUUUGGUUUUCUAGAACAACGAAGAGUUCGAAUAAACUAAAUUGUGCGAAUAUUAUAUAUAAAAAAGUUAACUCGUAAAAUCUAAUUGUGCAACUAAAUGUCUGUAAUUUUGAUAAGCUAAGAUGUAGAUGAAGUUACACUUCCUUCCUUUUUAUUGUUUCAACAGGAAAUAGCACACAGCUGACAUUGGCACACUUUGCAUAAUAUAGUCCUUUCUUCCAUAGAUAUGUAUAUAAUAUAGACAAUCGAAAUUAAUAACUAAAUUAGACAAAACUCGCUAAAUUAAAUAUCUAAGCACUUCCAAAAUUUUCAAUGUGUUGCCACUUCUCUGCAAUAUGGCGCCGGUUCACAGUAUACUUGAUCAGAUAACCUAAAAAAUUGAUUUCUUUAAAAAAAAAAACCUUAAAUAUUAUCAACACGAGAAACUGAUAAGAAAGGACUAAUUAGAUGUUAUAAGGAAACUAAUAUAAUUAUAGCAAUUAAUAUAGAAAAUGUUUUCUUCUGUUGCUUAGACAUUAGACACUAUUAGUAAGAGCAUAGCCUUCCUUCGCGUGUAGUCUACUCCAAUUACAGGAGUAAAGAUGAACAAAUCUUUAUAUAUAAAUUACAUUCGAUUUGCAGUUAUCUAUCUAUCUUUUAUAGAACAAACAACAUUUAAGUAUUAUGUAUAUCUAUUUAUCAUAUCACUAAUUCAAUUGAUUUCAUAAAUUCACUCUAAUUUCACUUGUGAAGUAUUAAAUUAAGAUUAUUUUUUAACAUUGCAACACUCUAAUACGCGACGCACACGGGUCAUGUUACUUAACUUACUAUGUACGAGAGUAAGGCUGACGUCAUUCGUCGUUUAUUUAUAGUAUCAUAUGCAUUUUCUUUUAAAUCCUAAUAAUAUGUUUGACUGCCUCUUUGGUCUACUUGCUAUAUAUAAGGCCUGAGGUUCUGGGUUCGAACCCCAGCAUGGUCCGCCCCAUUAACAAGUCCGAGUUUUCUGCAGCCCGGUCUAAAAGUUAGAAGUGUAUACACUACCGUGCCUCGGAUAGCAGGUAAGGCUGUUGGUUCUGCGCCUUAACUCAUUUAGGUCGUGUCGGAUUAACCGCCUCAUCGGAUUAUCAUAGUGAGGAAAUAGAGAACUCACCUGUGUUUGCGCUCACACUGGUGUACUAUAGUAUGUUCUGCGUAGUUAGCCCGACUCCCUUAAGUUUCGGUCAGAGCGACAUUAUUAAUACUAUGUGUGUGUAAGUGAACGGCAAAAUGACCGGACGGAUUUGGACUUGACAAUGCAGGUACAGCGGGUUGUACCUAGUCUAUGUAUAUAUUUUAUUGUAUAUUAUAGUCAUUAUAAACAUUUUACCCUCACUGGUUAAAUUCUAAUGUCAUGUCAAAUCAAGGUCAAAGUUGUCUAUCUCUCUUUUAACCCCUUCGAUUGGAAUAGACUAUAUAAAUAAAAUUAUCUUAUUUCAACUCAAGAAUGAAAACGAAUAAUUUAAUAUAAGUAUAGUAAGUACUAUUACUCCUUAAAAACUUACGCUAAACAUAUUAUAGGUUGCCUUAGCAAUAUGUAAAUAUUUUUAGCUUAAAUAUGAAAAGUUUGGAUGAAAACAGAUAUAAAUGCAAGUCAAUUGUAUUAUGUCAUCAUUUGCCAAAAUUUUGAGAUUAUAAGAAAAAACAUCAAAAUGGAUUUGAUUUAUACAAGCUAUUUAUAUAUUUUCACAUAAAUGUUAAUUUUUAGUCUAAAGUUCUGUUGAUGUGAGAAUGCGUUUCUGACGUCAUAAGUAAGUCAUGACUGGUAAUACAGUGUAAGAAUAAGCACUAUUCAAUCGUGUAACUGAUUUUUUUAGACUGGCGAAUAGACAUUGGCACAACCAAAAAUAUGAAUCGAAUCCCUUAUAUCGCCAAAGCGCCACCAACCUUGGGAACUAAGAUGUUAUGUCUGUCACUCAUACUUCAAAUACGAAGUAUUGCUGACAGGCGAUACAGUAUUAUUUUAAGGAUUAUGUUCUAUUGCGUGUCAUUAAAUAAGAACAACUAGAAGAAUAGGGUAUUUUCGGUAGUGAAAAAUAAAUUAUGGAGUUUGAUAAAAAUUAAAAAACGUAAUUAUUAGUCUGUAUAUCACGUGACCUAUAACACGAGCCGUCAUGGUGUGGCGUCAGAUAGGCAAAAACAGUCAUUUCAAUUAUCAUCUGGCACUUUGAUAAACAACUUUUCUGGAGUUUUAAUGCUAUUGUUUGCACAUUGUCCAACGAUAGUGAUUAUUAUUAUCCCAAAAAAUACCAAAUAUUUAUAGCUGUUAACGUUGAAUGAAUGCCAGUCGUGUAUACACGACUGUUGUUUUUAUCAAUGUGACGUCACCAAAAUGACUGACAGCGUUUUGCGGGAAUAAAAAAAGGCCUAAAAUUUAAUUUAAUUUUAUGGCAACAAAACCUUUUAAUUUUGCUCAAGUAUAUUUUUUUGUGGAUUAUUAUUUCGGAAAAUUAAUAUUUUGAAGUACUUUUUCAAACGUACGCGUAAUAGCGCGGUAAGGAUUUAAACAUAUGUAUAUGGAUUUUUUUUUUUAAAACAAUAACUAGUGCAAAAUUAUUUCAUUUACUAUAAUUCAAGAUAAUUAUUUCGCUUUUUAAUCAUAUUAUUUGUAAAUAGGACAAAUACAAUAUUACAGUAUUAUUUUAAAUUGUCAAUCACAAAAUUACAUCGCUCAUUCGAUCAUAGAUCCGUCAGAAACUCAUACUCUCAGCAGCUGGAUUUUAGAUCUAAUAAAUGUAUUCCACAGAUAUAAAUAAAUAAUUGAUAAGUAACAAUGUUUUAAGUUCUGAAUUUAAAUAUUUUCUAAAGUAUAUAAACAUUGAAUAUAUAACGUAAUCUUGACUGCACUUUAAUUAAAUUAAUUAUGUAAGUAAGAAUCAAUGAGUAGAUUAAGUGAAUGGAUGAAUUUGGAUAUUUGAGCCUAGUCAAGGAUAAGCAAAGACUGAGUUAAAAUGACGUUUUCAAAGCGGAGUGUGAUAUUAUCUCGAGUGUUAAUUAAAUAAACGUCUGACUGGAGAGUUUUACGCGUUGAAAUCGGAAUGAUGAAUAUUUUACUUUAUAGUUUGCCCUUUAUCGUCUUGUCUGUAUUGUUCCCAAAAAAUACAUAAAUCGUUUUUAAUUUUUGAUCGCAUCCGCAUCCCAUUAUGGUGAUUAGAAUGAAAUGAAUGAUUUUGUCAUUCGUAUUUCAUUCUUUCAUUCAUUGAUGAUGAGGAUUUUUUUU